CCGGCGCUCGCUGAUCCUGGCGAGACCGGGGCCGGAGGAGCCCAGCGGGAGACCGCGCUCCGGCGCUGCGCCAGAAUGGUGGCCUCCAUGUUCCUCCGGGCAGCCUUCAGCCUCAUUGGCUGGUUCUUCCUCUACACCUGGUCUUGCUAUCGGUACAAGGACCGUACCUAUGAGUGGAGCUGCCGAUUGGUCACUCUGACACACGGAGUCCUUGCCACUUGCCUCUCUGGCUACAUCGGCUUCAUCGAUGGCCCGUGGCCAAUGUCUUAUCCAGGAUCGCCAAACACUCCUCUCCAGAUCCACACGUUGUGUAUCAGCUUGGGCUACUUCCUGUUUGACUUGGGCUGGUGCGUCUACUUCCAGACUGAAGGGGCGUUGAUGCUUGCCCACCACACCGUGAGCAUCGUCGGGAUCACCGUGUCCCUUGUUUUGGGUGAGUCGGCAGCGGAAGUCAGCGCUGUCAUCUUUGGAAGUGAGAUCACCAAUCCACUCUUGCAGGCCCGGUGGUUUCUACGGGAGAAGGGGCUCUACCACAGCUUCAUAGGGGACGUGGUGGACUUCUUCUUCGUGGUGCUCUUUACGGGAGUGCGCAUCGGCGUCGGGGCCUGGCUCAUGUACUGUGUGUUGAUGUCACCCAAGCCCAAGUGGUUUAUCAAGGUUGGAGGUGUGAUCAUGUAUGCCGUUUCGUGGGUCUUCAUGGUAAGCAUUUGCCGGUUUGCCCGACGGAAAAGCAUAAAGAAGUACCAUGCCUGGAGAAGUCGAUUCAGCCACGAGAUGAACUCAAAUGCCAACGGCCAUCUAAAGAGCCACUGACCCCACUUCCCAGGUCGGAUCAGUGUCCACGAUCUGGCAUUCAAAAGUGCCCAGAAACCUGGUCCACAGGACUAUUCUGGGGAGGUGAGCCACAGUGAAGCAGAAAUACAGCACAAUGUAGUGGGUAGGUUUUUGGACUAGGACGGGAACGUCCCAGGUUCGAAUCCCCAUUCGGCUCACUGAGUGACCUUUGGUCUGGCACUUUCUUUCAGCCAAGCUUACCUCAAAGGGUUGUUGUGAGGUUAAAAGGAGUACACUUCCAGGUUUGUUGACCUGAGCUUCCUAGAGAAACAGUGGUAUACAAAUGUGGGAAGUGUCACAACAGAAACCAGUGGGGUGGUUUUAUCCUGGUGUAACGCCACUAAUGUUAGUGCAUUUACACAAUAGAAACUUUCCUGUGCAGAUACUUGAAUGGUGCACAUGGUACAAACAAAGUGCAACGGGUUAGCUGGUGUGAUUGAAUGGGUUGCGCUCAGGGGGAGCUCAUGGAAUAAAUGCCCUCAGCCACCAGCUUCUCCAACACUGCCAUAAACUCUAGAGGAGUUUAAAUCACAAUUGGUAUAUUCCGGCCCUUGGGGCAAAGCACAUUCUCAGCACCUGGUGUGUUUCCUGUAUUUAUUUUAUUUAUUAAAUAACUUAUUUAGAGAAUGCAUAUGCUGCCUCUCCAGAACCUUCUGACAUCAGAGUUUAUUGGCCCUUGGAACCAGAAGGGUUGAGCUGAGAUCAGGAUUCCUGUCUCUGCUGCUAACUUUACUGGUCCAGUGUCUUGCUUCUGACAGCAAAGGUACCAUCUGGUCCAGUGUCUUGCUUCUGACAAUGGCCAGCCACAUGCUUCUAGGAAGCUUCCAAACAGGGCUUGAAGAAGAAGUUCUGCCCAUUUAUCCCUACCAUCUUCUGGUGUUCAGAGAUCUGCUGCCUCUGAACCAGAAAACUACGUAGCAGUCAUGACUAAGAGUCCUCUAGCUGCUCUGGAGUCAGGCCUUAGUUUCCCCAGCAUUAAAAUGGAGGUGGUAGGAGGUUGUAGGCCUCUCUAUACCAUACUCAGCCAUUGUUCAGUUCUCAAUAGAAAUGGUGCUUUAGAAUGCUAAUUCUAGCAGUAAACUGCCAGUUCAAAUAUAUUUUUUAUCCUUGUAAAUAUACUGUGAACGCCGCUAAGAGGCAAGGGGGGGUUCUUAUCCUCUGGUUGCUUUUUAUUUUUGUAUUUAACCUGCUGUUUAUUGGGUGUUAGCAGCCAGAGGACAAUAUCAGUGUUAGUGCAUCAUUAGGGGAAUGACGGGCGUUUGGGGUUUCUGCCUCCCCCACUCCCUAUCUGAUCCUUAGAUGCCCCCUAAAGUUCCACCAGAACAGCAGGGUGAGACUUUGUACAUUCCAUUUCUGGCCCCUGGCUGUGGGGUCUGUCUGUUGGUGGUGCGAAAAGAAAUGGCCUCAGAAACCUGAUAACUGUGGAAUCACAGCCCAAGCUUGGCUAUGAGCUUACUUUAUAGCAACUGGGGACUCAGAGAUCAUGUGGCUGUAGGAGGCCACUUAGCGUUGUAGACCUUUGCAAAGGGAACGUGGUUCGAUAUCUUUUAUCUUGCGCCAGUGGUAGGGUAGUUCACUUUGCCGCUUCUCCACCACGUUAUGGAGCAUGUCAUCUAAGAAUGAAUUAGGUCACUCUGGCUAAGGUUGGCAGUUUUGGAAAUGAAGAUACCAAGUUUCUAGCCCUCCUUGUGGUGUACUGAAUCUUUCCUCCAGUCUCAUGUUAUGAAGACAAAUCAUAAAAGUUAGGGGGCAAAUUUUGUUGCAAGCGAGAAGCCGGGCUUUUGUGCAGUAUGGAUUUGGCGCGAGUUGUUUUUCCUCAUCCAUUCUUCAGUGUUUACAACUCUCUACCAUUCUCCGCCAUUCUUCACCCAAAAUUCCAAACUCCGCCAAUAAAAUAAAAAGGAAACAGAAAGUGGCACGUGGCUUUCAUAUGUGGAUUUUUGCAACUCUGAGAAGGGCUGCUUGCUCUAUUAUUGUUUUGAUGUGUGUUAGCAUGUCCCCCCCCCCCCCCCCAGUCUUUUUCUGAUUGAUGUGCACAGUUUAACAGGAACUAGUUUUAGAGGACAGCUGUAUUGGUUCACAGUAGAAGAGCUAGAUAGGAGUCCAGUAGCAUCUUAGAGACUGGCAAGAUUUUGGAGGUGUCAGCUUUUAUUUGUUUACAUUUAUUCCCCACCCUUUACCAUGGCCUCAGGGCAGGUCAUAAUAAAACCCAUAAAAAUAUCAUACAACCGUGAUAAAAUCACAAUAAAACCCCAUCCUAAAACCCCCAGAACAAUCCACAAUCUCACCCACCCCACUCACUCCCCCAAAGGGAGGGGUAUACACACACCUUAAGGCCCCCCCUCCUUAAGGCCCCCUGCCAAACGCCCGGGGUGAACAGGAUGGUCUUCAGUAGGCAUCUGGCAAACCUCUGGAGGGAGGCCAUUCCACAGUGGUAUCUGACAAAAGGAGCUUUGGAUGACUGUUGUGUGUUUUCUGGGCUAUGGGGCCAGGUUCUGGUAGUUUUUGCUCGUAACAUUUCACCCACAUCUAUGGCUGGCAUCUUCAGAAGCAUGGCAUGGUAACAGGUGUUUGAAAUACAUCUUAACAGUGACAUGCCUCUGAAGAUGCCAGCCAUAGAUGCAGGCAACACCUUAGAUCAGGGAUGCAAAAAUGACCAGAACGUGGCCACACGGAAAACUCACAACAGCCGGUUGAUUCCAACCAUGCAAGCCUUCGACAACACCUUGUUGGUCUCUAAGAUACCACUGCACUCCAGUCUAGCUCUGUAACAGGGAAGUGGUUGUUCCCACGUACAUGCACCUUGCUGUACAUGUAUGUUGUAUAUUUAACUGAGGAGCGUAAUAAGACAUGGCUCAGAGUGUGCAACUUGAGCAUCGCAGCAAUUUAACUCCAUAAAGAACAUGAUGUUUGGAACAUCCUCCAGCCAAAGAAGUUAUGUAUGUUUCGUAGGUGACCCUAAGAUUGCCUGAUGCUUUGGGUUUAGAUUUUUUUUUAUCCCUCCUUUCAUUGGAUGAAGCUCUUCUCUGGCCUCGUGGAGUUCACUGAACCCUGCAGGCGAGCUGGUGGAGACCAACAGUGCCCGGGAGAAAGUGGAGCCUGGUGUCAUAAUUUGGCAUUGUGGGAUAAUAUAUUGGGAAAGGGAGGUGCCUUGGGCAGCCCUGACCCUUUUAAGCAGCGGAGCAGAAUCUGUGACUUAGGUGAGAACAGAGUGGAUGCAAGGAAUGCGUUUAGCAGAAAAUGCUAAAGGGAUAGCUGCAGCCAGUUUUCACUAGAGGGUAGUUAGGCUGCGACUGUGCCACAUGGGAGCUGCGUGUUUGAAAGUCAACCAAUCCAGAAUUGAAGAGAGCCAAAGCCUGGAUUGGCAGGCUCAUGUGACGAAUCUGCUUCAGUCUGUAGAAGGAUGGAGCAUUUGCUCCUUAAUUGAGAGAAUUUCUUUUAAAAAUCCUUUUGUGUAGCAAAUGAAUCCGCCAUUUCUAAGGCUGGAUUGGAACAGCUCCCUGAUGCAAAAGAUUUCCAUAGGCCAGGUGGGGGGCUGGAAUCAAAGGAUGGGGCAACUGCCAAGACCCAAGAGGGCCCACUGGUGAUCACAGGUGCUCAGCCCAUUUGUGCCCACCAGAAUGGGAGAUUUCUCCCAGAAGCCAGUGGGGCAGUCUCCCAUUGUGUGCAGAUGUGGGUCGCGCUGCCAUUUAAUGCUUCUUGUAGCCUUGUUGACGCUGUUGGACUUUCAAGGGAUGAGGAGCCAAUGCGCUCCACUUCUCCCUCUGGCUUUGUGUGUGUGUGUGCGUGCGCGCGCCUGCACAGGAAGUGGCAGGUUUGAUGAGGGGGCUACCAGAGGGUAUCUUGUUUAGAGCCUCCUGAAAACCUGUAGCCCAUAAGGAAAAUUUAUAGUUCAGAGCACUUGAAAGAUCUACUCCUCCACUACCACCCCCAGCAAUCAGAAGUCCUACAGGAUAAGAACACCAGAUCAGCUAUGCUGGAUCAGACAUCUGCUCCAUCUAGCCCAGCAUUCUGUCUCACUCAGUGGCCAACCAGUUCCUCUGGAGGUUCAACAAGGGCCAAAGCUUCAUAAGAACAUUAGAAGAGCCCUGCUGGAUCAGAACAGUGGUCCAUCUAGUUCAGCAUCCUAUCUACAGAGCAGCCAGCCAGAUCCUCUGACAGUCCAACAACAGAGCAUAAAGGCCGUAGAACUUCCCCUAAUAAGAACAUAAGAAAAACCCUGCUAGAUCAGACCAGUAAAGGCUCAUUUUGUCUAGCAUCCUGUUUUACACAGUAGCCAACCAGUUCCUCUAGAGGUCCAACCACAGGGCACAGAGGCUGAGACCUUUUAUUGAUGAAGACAGAAGAAGAUCUCUGCUGGAUCAGAGCAGUGAGGGUCCAUCUAGUCCUCUGGAGGGCCACAGCAGGGCCUUCCCCAGAUAAGAACAUAAGAAGAGUCCUGCAGGAUCAGACCAGUGGCCCAUUUAGUCCAGUACUCUGUCUCACACAGCAGCCAACCAGUUCUUCCAGGGGGCCAACAACAGGGCCUUCCCCAGAGAAGAACUUAAGGGUAGUACCUAAGAGACCCACUGCUGGAUCAGACCAGUCCAGCAUUCUCUAUAAGCCAUGUGGUCACAUGGUUGCACAGACACUAUAUUGGUACCACACAGUUUGGGCAUCCACCAGCCAGGGAACUCCUGCAGGCAGCUCAAUUCCAUGCAGUGGUAGGGAACUUCUAUGCAGUUCCCUACUGCUGUUAGAGGGACUGUUGCAGUGGCUUAUCCAAUCCAGCAUUGUGUGUCACAUGAUGGCUAACCAAUCCAACAACAGGGCAUAGAGGCCGAGUCUUUCCCCUGAUGCUGCCUCCCAGGACUGGGACUCAGAGGUUGACUGCCUCUGAAUACAGCAGAUUCCAUAUGAGGUCACCCGAUCCUCAGGCUUGGCUCUUGUUGACCCACCGAAGGCUCCUUGGUGAAGCAGCCAAAUGUGGUUGCAGUUCUACUGCCUGGAAGGCCUGACCGGAUGGUGUCUUGAUCCUAUCCAGAACAGGAUACCAGGGUUCUAGUGGGAAAAUGCCAUGCUUUGAAUUACUGUGUAAUAAUUAUUGGGUGUUCCACCAGUGAUGGAUGUAACAGAUUUGUAUGUUUUCUAAAAAUAAAGAGAUUUUAUGUACGUAACGAA